GUUUAGAUUUCCAUUCCGGGUUGAUUUUUCAUGUGAUUUUAUUUUGAUUAAAUUCUAUAUUUUUAUGAAAUUUCGACGGAUUUCGACAUAUUUUGUGUAGGAAUUAUGCACAAAAUAAUUUGGCGUGCCCGUUCGAUUGACUUAUCGUCAUUGUUGGGUCGUGUGAAAUUCCGUGUUAAUUUGUUAUCAUCAAGGAGAACUUUAUCCUUCCAGGAAUCUCGACCUUAUCAAGAUGAUUCUGAUAAUCGAGCCAGUUUUGACCGUGUCGAGGCUGCCGAUGUCAUCGUUGUUGGUGGAGGUCACGCUGGGACUGAAGCGGCCAUGGCGGCGGCGCGGAUGAGGGCUAAAACUUUCCUUGUGACGCAUAAAUUCGACACGAUUGGAGAGAUGUCCUGCAAUCCAUCCUUUGGUGGGAUUGGGAAGGGUCACCUUAUCCGUGAGAUUGACGCGUUGGACGGAAUUUGUGGCAAGAUUUGCGACAUGUCCGGCGUUCAAUAUAAAGUCCUUAAUCAAACCAAGGGACCCGCCGUGCACGGUCCAAGAGCUCAAAUCGAUCGGAAACUUUAUAAACAAAAUCUUCAAAAUGUGAUCCGCCAGACCAAAAAUUUAGAAAUUAUUGAAUCAUCUGUAGAAGAUUUAGUCUUGGAGGGGAAUCGGUGCAUAGGGAUCGUGCUAGAAAGUGGUCGUCUCAUUAAAUCCUCCGCCGUUGUAAUUACAACGGGAACAUUUCUCCGUGGGGAAAUAAAUCUUGGGCUGGAACGCUACCCGGCCGGAAGAAUGGGCGACAAACCGGCGAUCGGAUUGGCAAAAACGUUAGAAAAUGUGGGAUUUCGGAUGGGGAGGUUGAAAACGGGGACGCCGCCACGCUUGGAUAAGGGGACGAUUGACUUUACGAAUUUGGAAAUCCAACCAGGCGACGAUCCUCCGAUACCGUUUUCUUUCAUGAAUGACCGGGUUUGGUUGGAGGCGAAGGAUCAACUCUUAUGUCACAUGACACAUACCGAUGAGCGAAUCGAGGCCAUAAUUCGUGCCAAUUUAGAGGCGAAUCGCCACGUGCAGGAAGAAUCGUCCUCCGGACCACGCUACUGUCCCUCCAUCGAGUCCAAGGUGCUCCGCUUCUCGGCGAAAAAGGGGUCGCAUCAAGUAUGGCUAGAGCCGGAAGGGUUUGAUAGCGACCUCAUCUAUCCAAACGGCUUGUCAUGCACGAUGGUCCCAGAAGCCCAGUUGGCCAUGCUGCAGACGAUCCGAGGUUUGGAGAAGGUUCGGAUGGUUCGAGCAGGUUAUGGUGUGACGUACGAUUACAUCGACCCCCGCGAGUUGGAGAGGGAUACCCUGCAAACGAAGAAGGUCAAAGGUCUCUUUCUCGCAGGGCAGAUCAAUGGGACGACGGGAUAUGAAGAGGCUGCAGCCCAAGGUGUUCUUGCCGGUGCAAAUGCGGCAGCCACGGUGUUGAACCGACCGCUUUUAACCAUUGACCGAUCUGAGGGUUACAUCGGCGUUUUGGUGGAUGACCUGACGACACUUGGGGCUCCCGAACCAUACCGAAUGUUUACUGCUAGGGCGGAAUUUCGCUUAUUUUUGCGAUCGGAUAACGCCGAUAUUCGACUUACGAGGAAGGGCCAUGAAAUCGGACUGGUGAGCAAUGAGCGGUUCGAAAAGAUGGCAAAGCUGGAGAGAGAGCUGGCCGAGAAGAGGUCCGUGAUGGAAGGAAUCGUCAAACCGUUGACGGAAUGGGGGGAUAUUAUCAAAGGAGGAAAUUCCAGCAGUAUAGUAUUUUCCUCACGUGCUAAAAAAAGCCUGUUUGACAUCCUAAUUUUCGACCACAUCUCGAUGAAGGACAUCUCCACCUCGAUGGCGUCACAGCUGCCGAGCGACUUUUUUGAAAAUGGUGAGGUCAUGCGUCGCCUAAAAAUUGAGGGGACGUAUGCCCAUGCCGUCCUCCUACAAGGUGAAGACAUUAACCAGCUCAGGCAAGAGAGGAGACUCAAGUUUCCGGAAAACUUUAAUUUCUCAGAUCCAAGGAUAAGUUUGUCGACGGAGGAACGGCAAAAAUUGGAAGAAGCUCAACCCUGUGAUAUCGCCUCUGCCACCCGACUCCCUGGCGUCACGCCAUCCGCCAUCCUGCGACUAAUCCACUUCCUAAAGAGGCACCACGAAGAAUCCACACCUACCCCACCACCACCACAAAUACCUCGACAAGAGGCGUCGUGUUUAUGAUAAGAAACACAAAAAACAGUGUAAAAAUAACUAGUCAACGACAUACGAGAUUUUUUUAUGGUUACCCAUCCUUCUUCGUCCGGUUGUGUGACGGUGUUGUCUCCAGCGCGGUGGGAGGAGGAGGAGUGACCAUUUGUCGGAGUUGAUCCUGUUUCCUCGGUCUCCAUCGCCUGUA